AUUGUUUACGGAUGUUACGGAACCGGACGACCGGGACUUUCAUUUCGCAAUUGAUUUGUCCUAGUUAUUUAGAAUUAGAUCAUUCACUCUGCCGGGACAUAAAAAGGUGAAUAAUUUGUGAGACUAAGUGCAAGGAUAACUACAAUAAACAUGCCGGAGGAAAAUGUAAAAGUGGCUGUCCGAGUGCGACCAUUCAAUUCUCGUGAGACUGCCAGGAAUGCCACGCUGAUUAUACAGAUGAAUGGGAACUCAACAGAAAUUCUAGACCCAGAAAACCUGAAGCAGGAGCCGAAACGCUUCACAUUCGAUCAUUCCUACUGGUCACAUGACGCUUUUAAAGAGCGAGCUGAUGGGUAUUUAGAGCCAGAGGGAACCAAAUAUGCCGACCAGCAACGUGUUUUUGAUGAUCUUGGUCGCGGAGUGUUGGACAAUGCCUGGAAUGGUUACAACUGCUCACUGUUUGCCUAUGGCCAGACUGGAUCUGGGAAGUCUUACUCGAUGGUCGGAUACGGCAACAAUAAGGGAAUCAUUCCACUUGUGUGCGAUGACAUUUUCAAGAAAAUUGAAGAGAAGCGUGCUGCUGCGUCGAAAGAUGAAGAUUUCCAGGUCACAUUGAGCAUGCUGGAGAUCUACAACGAGCAGGUGCGAGAUCUUCUGGACGCUAAGUCCAUGACCAUAAAGGGUGGCCUGAAAGUACGGCAGCAUCCUUCAAAGGGCUUCUAUGUUGAGAACCUGACAUCAGCAAGUGUGAACAGCUACCGUGACAUUGACAACAAGAUCAAUGAGGGCACCAGAAAUAGAACCGUAGCAGCGACUAACAUGAAUGCCACAAGCAGUCGGGCACACACGAUCGUGGCAAUCACGCUGACCCAGAAGCAGCCCAACGCCCUGGGACAGAGUAUGACAAGGACCUCCACCCUCAACCUCGUGGAUCUCGCUGGCAGUGAGAGAGCGGACUCGACGGGAGCGACGGGUGAUCGUCUGAAGGAAGGCUCGGCAAUUAACCAGUCUCUCAGUUCCCUCGGUAACGUGAUCAAAGCCCUGGCAGACCAGUCCACAGGCAAGAAGAAAGUCGUUGUUCCUUAUCGUGACUCUGUGCUGACCAGACUUCUGCAGAAUGCCCUCGGUGGUAACAGCAAGACUAUCAUGAUUGCUGCCUUGAGUCCUGCAGACAUCAACUAUGAGGAGACCCUGUCCACUCUCAGAUUUGCGGACAGAGCAAAGGCUAUCAAGACAACAGCCACCGUCAACGAGAGUCCCACAGACAAACUGAUCCGAGAACUACGAGAGGAGAACGCCCGCCUCAUGGAAAUGCUCAAGUCCGGGGGCGUUGUCAUGGCGCCAGGGGGUGGUGGUGGCGGUGCUUCGUCAGAAGAAAUAGAGGAGAUGAAGCGCCAGAUGGAGGAAGAGCUGAGAAAGAAGCAGGAAGAGCUGGAGAACCUUAGCAAGAGCUAUGAGCAGAGAAUGGCUGAGGCAGCCAUGGCCAAUCAGGGGUCAGCAAUUGCAAAGGACAAAGAAGAUGGAGACAAGAAAGUGGUGCCACAUUUCUGGAACCUAAAUGAGGACCCAGCACUGGCAGGAAUGAUCGUGCACUUUGCCAGAGACGGAACGUCCAGGGUGGGCAACAAGACAGCUACCCCACAACCUGAGAUCAUGCUGAACGGACUCAGCAUUGCCAAGGACCACGCUGAAGUGAUUAACAAGAAGGGGGCCGUGUCCAUCAAGCCCAAUCCCUCCGCCAAGGAGAUCAUGGUGAACGGAGUGAAGAUAGUCAGUGAGACAAAGCUCUCACACAACGACAGGGUAUCAUUUGGCCCCAACCACCUGUACGUUUUCCACCACCCCCAAGACUAUGCCAAGAAGGUGAACGCUGGUGAGAAAGUGGACACACCCACGUUUGAUACCGCCCAGCAGGAAAUUGCCAAGCAGUCUGGGUUGAUGACAGCUGGCGGUGAUGGAAUGUCUAAAGAUGAUCUUCUUCUGCAAGAGGACCUGAUCCAGAUGCUGCCAAUGGUCAGUGAAGCUAACGCGAUGGCAGAGGAGUUGCACAAGGGAGUGAAGUUCGAGAUUAAUCUGGUCUCGCCACAGGCUCGCGGACAGAAGAAUGGAAAAACUGAGGUGAUGGUUAAGAUGCUGGCGCAGGACGGCAGUGGCAACGACUGGCUGUGGGACCGUAACAAGUUCAUCAACAGGAAGUACAUCAUGCAGGAGAUGUACGCCAACUUUGUGGACGGGGACGAGAACUGGGAUCUGCCACAGGAAAAAGAUCCAUUCUGGGAGCCUGCAGACUGCGAGAAGCUCAUCGGUACGUGCCAUGUCCUGCUCCAGUCCCUGGCGUACAACAUCGACCUGCAGGAGAAACUCGUGAUCUCAGACUUCAAAGGUCAGGAUCAAGGUCACGUUGAUAUCGCCAUCGUCCCGUGCACAAAAGACUACAAACCUGUCGGUGAGGAUGAAUUUGUAGAGGAUCCAAAAGAAUUGCUUGGGAAGCCCCUAUUCUGCAUUGUGAAGAUCACAGCCGCACAGGGAUUGCCUCAAAAUAUCGCAAAGAGCUUCUGUCGUUACAAGUUUUACCUGGACAAAGAUUACGUGCAGACCAAUGAAAUCUCUGGCACAAUCAACCCCGAAUUCAACCACGAAAAGCAGGUCACCAUCAAAUCGGUCACGGAGCAGUUCAUCGAAUAUCUGAACAAUGAGUCCCUCUACAUUGAAGUAUGGGGUCGACAAAAGGCUGGAAAAGGUCAAAAGGAGAAGACAAUGGUGGGCAAGGGAGGUAAGCAGGCAGCACCUGCAGCACCCGUGGGAGGUGUGGCUGUCAACGGGCAGGCUGGUGGCACUGCGCUGACCCCGAUACCGGACACGAAGAGCAAGGAGGAGGCAGCCAAGUACCGACAGGAGGCGGAUUCUCAGAAGAAACGUGCAGAGGAGUCUGACGCUAAACUGAGCAAGAUCAACGGCUACAUGAGGGAACGGAAGAACAAAGGACAUACAGCAAUCAAGAUUGAAGAUGUUGAAGCAUUGCUUGCAGGAAAAAUUCCAAAAGGUGAGCCUGUUCAGCCAACAGUGGUACAGGUUGAGGGUGGGUCAAAAGCCUGCACUAUACAGUAAAAACAAAACCCUACUGUAUGGUAUGUAGGAAAAAUGACAACAUACAGUACAGACUGAAUAGUAAAAACCAUACCGUAAUAUACAGAAGUAAGAAAUCUGGAACCUUGCAGUUAAAAUCAUACCAUAUUGUACAGAUGUUAAACAAUGGUGACAGACAGUAAAAACCAUGCCCUACAUUGUAUAUCUCUGAAAUGCUGACUGGGGAUUCAAUCAAUUUCGUCAACAUUAAAUUUUGUGGAUUUGUAAAAUAUGGCAUAUUUGAUUGAUCUUAAAUUCAUUAAUUGUUUUAUAAUGUCGUAUAAAAGACGAUGUAAACUUUUGUUGAACAUUUUAUUUUGUGGUUGAGUCUACUCAUAAAAAUCCAUGAAAAUAAGUGUCCAACGAAAACUAUUGGUUUAACAGUAAUUCUAUGUAUUGGACAGUUGUCUUCAAAACUGUGUGGCAACUAUUUUCUGCAAACCUGUGGCCUAUGUCUACAUUGAAUUUUGAUAAUACUUAAUUAUACUAUGUGUGUAUUAGUUAACAAGACUGUACUUACAAUUAUACAGAUGUUAAUUGUUAAUAUAUUUCUAUUAUAGUUAAUUGAUUCUUGUUAGAGUACACAAAUUAGUCUACGUAUAGUUACACAUGCAUGUUUUUUGUUGGACCUAUUAUGAUUACCAGUUAUAUUUUUAAGACAGGCAUAGAGACAGGGAAGACAAUAUGCAAAUUAAAACAGAAUAUCAUGUUUGCAUACUUUUUUAUUAUAUUUUACAUGUUGUUUUUGUGAGUUACACACAUUGCACUUUGAUUUUGUUUCAAGCUGCAAGUGCCUUUACUAUAUAAUCUCUGCUGAUUUCAUUAAUUUUCCUUAUUUUAUUAACCUGAAUUUUUAUUUUCAAGCUGCAAGUGCCUUUACUAUAUAAUCUCUGCUGAUUUCAUUAAUUUUCCUUAUUUUAUUAAUCUGAAUUUUUAUCUUUUUUAGAAAUGUGCAACACAUGAUUUAUGCAUGUUAAGAUGCAAUAUCAUGGCAAACUAUAAAAUACUGAACAAAAUAAAUUGCUUUCCUUGAACUUUUAAUCUAAAUCUUUACUGAAAUGAUUAUUAUUCAUAAUCUGAUUAUCAAUCAAAUGUAAUAAUGAUGUAAUAAUGUUAAUAACAUAUUUGUUUAAAACAUUGCCUAAAUCUAAUUUGUUUUUAAUUUUUUAGGUUUUUGUGUGAAACUGGUUUAGCUUUGUUGUAUUCUGUAUCUAGUUUUACACUAAACCCUCCUUGUGUCUAAUAUAUUUCUAAACUGUACAUCUUUUAUUAUAAUGACAUAUUUGUACAAGUAUGAUUUAUGCAUUUUUUUUUGCAAUGAAGUUUGUGACAAUCAUGGUGCCCUUAUAAAACACCAAUUGUAUACUGCUAGAAGAUGCAUAUCAUUAAUUGUAACUUGCUGUUGACAGAUACACAAAUUAUAAUUGUAAUCUUUACAUUUUGACUUUAAUAUGGUUGACACGUACUGUAAAUAUUUUUAGUAAUACGCAUAUUAUGAAAUUGUUUGUUUUUUCAGCCAAGAAUAGCUUGUUUUAUAAAUUUUUGGUAAAAAAAAUGAAUCUGCUUUGAGUUUUAUAACUUGUAUAACAAGUUUUUUCGCACCAAUAAUAAUUUUAUUUUUUAUUUAAUAUACAUAUAAUAUUAUUUAGAUCAAUGGUAGGAAUCAAACUCAAUUUAAAACUGGCAGUUAUGUAAUGAAUGAUGAAGGCUAUUAUACAAGUUUUUUAUAUAAUUGUUGUAUGAUUUUUUAGGUGUUGGGAUGUACAUACAAUUUUUUGUUACUUUAGCUUAUUAGCUUCUGGAAGCACAUUUUUGCAAUGUUUUAUUUCUGUUGAUACUCACUAUUUUGUGAUUUAUAUUUCCAUUCCAUUUCAAAUACAUCUUUUCAUCAUAAUUUUCACUUGAAAUUUAAAUUUUGCAUCACAAUGUUUGUUGAGGUUUUUAAUCAUGGUUUUCAAAAUUAUUUUUCUUAAUAUUUGGAGCCUUUCAGGCUCAUUCAAACAUUGUCAAACAGUUUUUUUAGCUAUGUUUUAAAAAUACCGGUAGACAACUGAAACCAACACAGAUGUGUUCCAGAAUAUUUACCUGUAGGCAAACAAAUGUACUCUUCAACAAAUAUUUGAAUGCCUACUAUAAAAGAAAAAUCUGCAUCAUCAUCAAAAGGUUCAGCUAUUUUGUCGUAGCGAUUAAACACAUGUUGAGCAUGUUUCUGAUAUGUGAUAGUGUUGGUGAUAAUUAAAACAGCAAGUGGUGAUUUUUGUGAUAUUUGGUGAUUGUAUUUCAUUCUAUAACAAAAGCUUAAUGUUUUCUAGAGUUGACAUAUUUAUUAAAAAUCCUUCAUCAUAACUUUUUUCUGCUUUAUUUGUGCGGGACCAAUUUUUUUUUACCUUUUGGUGUAAUCAAAUAUUUGCUUUUUUCCUUAUCACUUUUUUGUUAAAUUGUUGCACAUUAAUAAUUAACUCAAGUUGUUGUUUUUUUCUUUGUUAAUUCUUGGCAAAUUUCAUGUAAAUUUGUUUCAAGAGUUUUUUUUUUAAUGCUCUUUAUGUAGCACAUUCCAUACUGUUUCCAUACAUACUUUACUAAUGCAUGGUAGGUCUUUAUGGUAGAGGUGUUAUAUAUCCCUAUCACCUAACUUAUGUUGUAUAUGUCUUGAUCACUACUGUUAUUUCUGCUGGCGGAGUUUUUGGAAAUAUAUUCUGUGAUUUGUCAUAAAAAAAUAUACUAUUGUUGAUCACAAUUACUUACAUGCCCUAAUAGUACAUGUAUAUGGGCAUAAAAAACAAUCACAUAUAGAAAUAUUACUUAAGUCACUAUUAAUUAUUUCAGAAGUUUGUUUAAACCCAUUAUUAAUUUUAGUCGAGGGGCAUUAAACCCCCCAAAAAAGUUAUGUAUCAAAAGUACUUUACAAUUAGAACGAAGAUUCAAAACUUGUUACCAAAUGUUUACACCUGCUUUCCGCAACCACAUAUGUUAUAAGGUUUAUGGGCCACAAUUUUAUAUACUUUUCUGUGAUAGCUUUUUUCUUAUAGGUAUUCUCAAAUUUCAGUACGGAAUCUUAAGUUUAGAUUUAUAAUUUUUAGGACGUUACUUUUAUAGUUCAUUUUAUGACUGUGAUAUUAAUUAUAGUGGCCAGUUAUUUAACUUCUAGGGUAAAGUUAGCAUUGAAACAUUACAGAAUUUAAGACCAAAAGACACACAUACUAUUUUGAUUAGUUUUCUAUGAAUUUUAUAUAUUUUGUUAUAGCUGAAAGCUUACCACUGUUUUGAGGUUUUCAAAAUCCGUCCAAUAUUGUCCUGUUUAUUGUCAUCGAGUUUUGAUGUACUACUAUGUGAUUUACUUAUUAAAAUACUAUUUUCUUUCUUUUGUGUAUGUUAAUAAACAAUCUGUUACAUA